UAAUAUUUCUGAGGCUAAAAAGGCCGAAGAAAGUCCUCCGCUCGUCCUCGCCCGCUCGCUUGCUCCUGCCUCGCUUCUUCUAUUCCUCUCUUCGCCGCCGGCCGGCCGGCGGCCGUCGCCGCCCUCCGUCCAGGCUUUUCUCUCUCUUAUCUUUGAGAUCAAGAUGAAUGCGUGAAUGUUUUCUACCAUUCUGGUGAAACCAACAGAUCUGCCCAAAAUAAUUAGCAGGAUUUCGUAAUGAAGAAGCAUCAUGAAAGCAGUGCAUCCAAUUUUCUUGAAGGUGUAUGGUGCUUUCUACGUAAGUGCCUCUUUUCUGUGCUCUCUUUUGGUCCCAUACCUAAACAUAUUGCAUUUAUCAUGGAUGGAAAUCGUAGAUAUGCCAAGAGCAGGAAUGUCAAACAGGGUACUGGCCACAGGGCUGGUUUCACAGCUCUCACCUCUGUUCUCCAAUACUGCUAUGAGAUGGGUGUAAAGUAUGUCACCGUGUAUGCUUUCAGUAUUGACAAUUUUAAACGACAACCUGAUGAGGUCCAUUCAUUGAUGGAUCUAAUGAAGGAGAAGAUUGAUGAAUUGCUAAUGAAAGAAAGCAUUGUGAACAAAUAUGGAGUUAAAAUUAAUUUCUGGGGAAACCUGAGUCUUUUGAGCGAACCGGUACGAUUAGCAGCUGAGAAGGCAAUGGCAAGCACUGCCAGGAACACAGGACCAGUGUUUUCAGUAUGUGUGGCCUACACCUCGACAAAUGAGAUUGUGCAUGCCAUUGAAGAAUCAUUUGUGGAAAAGAGGGACAGAAUACAAGAAAGGUACUGCAAUAGUUAUGCUGAUGAAUCAAUUUGGGCAGAUAGCAUGGAUGGUGCGAUUUCAGUCACUGAUUUGGAGCAGCACUUCUACACAGCUGAUUGUCCAGAUCCUGAUAUUGUGAUGAGGACAUCGGGAGAGACUCGGUUGAGUAAUUUCCUUCUAUGGCAAACUACUUAUAGCCACUUGCAGAAUCCAGUCCCUUUAUGGCCUGAGUUCUCAUUUAGGCACCUGGUUUGGGCUGUUUUAGAAUACCAGAGGGUCUACCCUUAUCUAGAACAUAGGAGAAGCUUAAGUAAAAAGAAACACUGAGACUUGACUCUGAUGUUUAGCUUCACAGGAAUUGUACUGUAUUUCAUUACAUCGAAGUGUGUUGUAAUGACAAUGAGCCUCUAUAUCAGUCAGAAGAAAUGAGGCCAAGGUUAUCUGUUUUAAAAUGCCAUGCUGUUGCAAUUUUGUGUUGGCAUGAUUGUUUGAGGAUGGCAUCCUUGAUAAAGAGGUUUGAAAUUUGGAAAAGGAAAAUUAUUAUAUUUUUUUGUACUA